AUGGUUCUAGUUCCUCGGAUCCUCCCAUCCGUUCUUCUGUCAAGCUUAUACCUGCCUUGGCACCAGUCCCAACAUGAUCAUCAGCCUGUGGUAACAAUCACAAACGGAACACUGGUAGGCUAUCGGAACCCAAACUACGAUCAGGACUUUUUCCUCGGGAUCCCAUACGCCCAGCCGCCCGUAGGGGAUCUUCGGUACAACCACCCGAAGCCGAUCAAUGCGUCCUGGGACACCCCGAAACAUGCCACUUCCUAUGGCUUCUGGUGUCACUCAGCUCCUCUCUCCCUUCCAGGAUUCUCACAGGACGGGUUUUCGCACGAGGAAAGCGAGGACUGUCUAACUUUGAACAUUGUCCGCCCGUCAGGUAUGGACUCCACCGCAAAGCUUCCAGUGUUGGUAUACAUUUAUGGUGGGGGUCUCCAGGAAGGCGGCAGUGCCGAUCAACGAUACAACAUGUCAUUCAUAGUUCAGGAAUCCGUCCAGAUGGGGCUUCCGACGAUCGGUGUCAGCUUCAACUAUCGCGUGUCUGGCUUUGGUUUUCUAUCUGGUCGCGCGAUUAAUGAGUCUGGCCUUGCGAAUCUCGGGCUCUAUGACCAACGCCUCGCACUCCACUGGAUCCAAGAGAAUGUUGCCGCGUUUGGCGGUGAUCCAUCGCGAGUGACGAUCCAGGGAGAAUCAUCUGGGGGGCUUUCGGUCGGAUACCACCUUCUUGCGUAUGGUGGACGUGACGAUGGGCUGUUUCGCGCAGCUAUUGGCCAGAGUGGCGCCCCUCUCAUUUCGGCUGCGUUGGCACCGAUAGACGAACAGGACGCCAUGUACAAUGCUGUACUGAACACUACUGGCUGCGAUGGCGUUAAUGAUAGUCUCGGAUGUUUGCGGCGUGCCCCGGAAAACCUGUUGAAAGCCGCGUUCCAGCAGCAAUUCUUCUUUCCGGUGAUGGACGGCGGCAUGAUUACCGGAUAUUCCUCCCAAGGCCUCAAAGAAGGACGGUUUGUGAAAGUUCCGUUGCUGACGGGGACAAACACAAACGAAGGAACGGGGUAUAUUGCCUCUGGGUCGUUUGGCGCCAUCAACAGCCCUGGCGACUUCAAAGGUGUAAUAACGGGCUUUGGGCCUGGGAAGUAUCUUUCAAACGACACCCUAACUGCCAUUAUCAGUGAAUAUCUUGAGAGAAUGUCACCGGAAGAUGUUCAAAAUGACCUAGCAACCGUCCUCAUAACACCUUCACCGAAAUAUGGGACCUUAUAUGGACAAAGUACUUUAUACAUCGCAGACUACCUCUUCAAUGCCCCCAAGCGAUAUAGUGCACGUAUGUGGGCCCAUCACGGCGCUCCCGUCUACAGCUAUCGCUUUGAUAUUGUUCCAAACGGCAUCUCGCCCGAAGUCCUUGGCGUAUGUCACUUCCAGGACGUUGCCUUUACCUUCCAGAAUGCCCUUGGUGUUGGCUUCGAAAAUCCUCCGCUCGCUUCGACGGAUGAGCGGACAGAGGAGAAAUACCGGAAUGCGAGUGUUUCGAUGAGUCGCAUGUGGCUGAAUUUUGUGAACACACUGUCGCCGAAUCACUACCACGAUAAUAGGACAGACUUCGUCUGGCCUACUUACCAAGGCGACUCUGUAGUCAAUGUUGUAUUUGGCACCGAAGGGCCUAGAUUGGAAAAUGACACCUGGCGGCUUGAUGCAAUUGAUCGGAUCAUCAAUGCCUUUGGGGAAUAUAGAUUUUAAUUCAGUUUGAUUAACUCGAGUGCUACAGUCCAAUUUCCG